CGUCCUUGCUUCGUUCCAUAUCACAUAUUAUAAACUCAAAUCCAGGCCAACAUUCCCUUCUGAACCCAGCCUUAUCUCUUUCUCUCUCUGCUGUGUGUUGAGUUUUAGAAGAAGAAAAAUGGCUGGCAUUAUGCAGAGGAUCGGAGCCCGAACUACUCUUUCACCGUCGUCGUCUUCUUUCGAUUCCAAGGGAUUUUGGCUUCCCACCGUUAAGUCUCACCCAGAAAGGAAAGGAAGUUCUUUAGUUGUGAGAUCUGAGGGAAGAGUUAUCCCUGGUUCUAAUCUUAGAGUUCGCAACAGCAGCGCUGGUGGUAGAUUGGUUACCAAUGCCGUUACAGCAAAGGCUGAUGCUUCCUCUACUUCCACGACAUCUAAGCCCGGGCAUGAACUCUUGUUGUUUGAAGCCCUUCGAGAAGGCCUGGAAGAAGAGAUGGACAGGGAUCCACGAGUUUGUGUCAUUGGAGAAGAUGUGGGUCACUAUGGAGGUUCAUACAAGGUGACAAAGGGCCUAGCACCAAAGUAUGGGGAUCUAAGGGUUCUUGAUACCCCCAUUGCUGAGAACUCUUUCACAGGGAUGGCUGUUGGAGCUGCCAUGACAGGCCUCAGGCCAAUAGUUGAGGGCAUGAACAUGGGCUUCCUUCUCCUGGCUUACAACCAGAUCUCUAACAAUUGUGGUAUGCUCCACUACACUUCAGGUGGCCAGUUCACCAUUCCAGUUGUCAUUCGUGGGCCCGGAGGUGUUGGACGUCAGCUUGGGGCUGAGCAUUCACAACGACUUGAAUCAUAUUUCCAGUCAAUUCCUGGAAUCCAGAUGGUUGCUUGCUCAACACCAUACAAUGCCAAGGGCCUCAUGAAGGCAGCCAUCCGGAGUGAGAAUCCAGUUAUCUUGUUUGAGCAUGUUCUUCUCUACAAUCUCAAGGAGAGGAUCCCAGAUGAAGAAUAUGUGUGUUCACUGGAGGAGGCAGAGAUGGUGAGGCCUGGGGAGCACAUUACAAUCCUAACCUACUCCCGCAUGAGGUACCAUGUGAUGCAGGCUGCCAAGACAUUAGUGAACAAGGGAUACGAUCCUGAGGUGAUUGAUAUCAGGUCAUUGAAACCGUUUGAUCUUUACACGAUAGGUAAUUCAGUAAAGAAGACACACCGUGUUCUCAUCGUGGAGGAGUGUAUGAGGACAGGUGGGAUUGGUGCCAGUCUAACAGCAGCCAUCAAUGAGAAUUUCCAUGAUUACUUGGAUGCCCCAGUUAGGUGCCUAUCCUCGCAGGAUGUGCCAACUCCGUAUGCCGGAACAUUGGAAGAUUGGACUGUGGUUCAGCCUGCCCAGAUAGUGGCUGCUGUUGAGCAGCUUUGCCAGUAGUGGCCCCAGUACAAGUAGCAGUAGCAAGGUGUAAUUCCAAAAGGAAUUUUUUUUUUGUUUCUGUUCAAACUAUUAUCUUAGUUUUUCUACAGUUUCUAAAUAGCAUUGUUUUCAAAGAAUUUUUAUUUAAUUU